GAAAUCCCCAAAAAUCAGCACGGCCGUCUGCAAGAGACAGGGAGAGAAGAGGAUGAUGAAUUACUGGGGACUGAUGACUCCGAUAAAACAGAGGUAGUGCUCUUACACCUGCAGUGCCUCCAUCGGCACGUGUACAAACGGUGCUGACAACACUGAGGUAUUUCCAGAGGAUACCAGGAAUUCAUGCUGGAUGACUUAAAGCUCCGCUGCUUCUCUGUCGCAGGUUACUUUCUCAACAACAGAGUUGGCAGAAGCAGAACAGCUCUUCAGCUGUUGUGGUUGGCAGCCUAGGAAAUCCAACCAAAAUGGGGGUGAUCUAAGCUAAGCAAAUAGGCCAGAAGAUGAGUGCAGCAGCAGCAGCUGAAAACCCAACACCAUGUUUGUUUCUGUCGGUUCUGCUGUGGGGUUGGUGGCUCUGGCAGGAGAGCAGGAACCUUUGAAAGAGCCAGGGCUUGUCUGAAGGCUCACCUGAUGCAGCCAUCAGCAAUGGUCAGGGAACUUGUGAUGCCGAUGAAGCUGCUUGCAGGACAGAAGAAAAGUGCCCCUUUCUGGACAUUUGAGUACUACCAGACGUUCUUUGAUGUGGACACUUACCAGGUCCUGGACAGAAUCAAAGGUUCAGUUUUCCCAGUACCAGGGAAGAACUUUGUAAGGCUGUAUAUCCGCAGCAAUCCCGACCUUUACGGUCCCUUUUGGAUAUGUGCCACGCUCGUCUUUACCAUUGCUGUUAGUGGCAAUCUCUCAAAUUUCUUUAUCCACCUGGGCAAACCAACAUAUCACUACGUGCCAGAGUUCAGAAAAGUGUCCAUAGCAGCAACAACGAUUUAUGCAUACGCUUGGCUUGUUCCCCUUGCUCUCUGGGGAUUCCUGAUGUGGAGGAACAGUAAAGUUAUGAACAUUGUCUCCUACUCGUUCCUGGAGAUAGUGUGUGUAUAUGGCUACUCCCUCUUCAUUUACAUUCCCACAGCGAUUUUAUGGAUUAUUCCACAAAAAGUGGUGCGCUGGGUCCUGGUGAUGUUCUCCCUGUGCCUUUCGGGGUCUGUUUUGGUGAUGACCUUUUGGCCUGCUGUCCGAGAUGACAACCGGAGGAUCGCACUGGCGACCGUGGGGACCAUUGUUCUGCUUCAUGCCCUGCUGGCUGUUGGCUGCUUGGCAUAUUUUUUUGAUGCCCCUGAACUGGAUUUUCCUGCACCAAUUAUCCCUGCUCACAAUGGAACAACAGUAAUAACAAAGAGUCAUUAAUUAAGAUUACAAUGCCUGUUUCUCCAUCUGUACAGUAAUUUUAUUUUAGAUUUUUUUUUUCACCGAAGAAUGUGGGAAGUGCAAGAACAGGGGAUAGCUUUUUGUAGAAAGACGGACAGUGAUGACCCAUGGACUUCUGGAUAUCUCCAUGCUCACUGCAGACUGGCUGGUUCCAUAAGGAGAGCAAACUGUUGAUCUUGGGGCAGGUUUUCUUUUUUUUUUUUUUUUUUUUUUUAAUUCUGUCUGCACUCACUGCACUAUUUUGCCUUUGAAUAAAGUGUUCUGAGGGUGAUUUCUUAUUUCGUUAAUGAUCGACUCCUGCUCCUCCAAAGCUGUCGAGGGGGGUUGGGAAGAGGCGUGAAGGUGGGG